GGCAUCGAUGUUUCCUAUCUUUUUCCCUCUAUUUUCUAAUGAUGAAGGAGCCAUGAUUGCUUAAGGCUUCUACUUUGACGGCGGAUGGUUUACACUGUAUCAAUACCACAUACCCAGCAUCUCAAUCCUUUGCACGCGCGUCGCUUUCCUGUCCAUGCCUCAACCACCUGUUUAAGAUUCAGGAGCACAAGAAGAGUUCAAUCGGCCCCUCUUUCCAACCCUCUUUGCCCAAAACUUUCCCAGCCGCUGUCCGGUCGCGUGUGUUUCACGCUGGGUUCUGGCUUUCUGGGCCCGCUACGUAACCUACGCGGCUGUCCAACCGUUCGAACGGUCGAUUGUCUCACUCUGCCGUGUGACAUCUCGCCUGCGUUGCGUGCCCUCUUCGCAUGCGCCACACUUUACGUCACAGUUGUGCCUGGGCUCACCACCCUUGCCCCAGAUCUACAACUUUGUCUGCCAGGUUUGCGGGACAAAAAGUCAUCCGUAUUGCAGGGGUGUGGUUUAUGCACAGUGAUGCUGCUUCUGGCGCAUUCUUGAGAAGAUGGGCAGUCUGGAUCCUUUUGCUUGCCAUCAUUGUUGGUUUGUGCUUUCUCUUUGGCUUGGUCCUUUGAGCUUCAGCAUCUUUUUCGAACUUGUGCUU